AUGGGUGCAAAUCAUUCUUGCAAAAACAGGAGACGGAGCGUGCCCGGUGAACGCGCCUCAGAAGCUGCUAGAGGACCAGAGGCCCCGUUGUUCUCCUUCCAUAGAAAGCCAUUCAGUUGCAACAAUUUUCUCUCUGCCUUAUCUACUAAGCUGAGAGCCCUUGGGUUAAAGGCGAACGGAUACCCGCGCCACAGUUUUCGGAAGGGUGCGGCUCAAUAUGCGCACGAUAGUGGGAUUCUCGAUGACUAG